GCCCCUAACCGAAUCUUACUCAGCAAAGAGGACAGCGAGCGCAUUAACGAGGCUUUCCGCGACCCCGAUCGUUUCAUGGGCCCUCUCGUGUCACUCAAGGCCAAUCUUUUCUCCAAGCUCGUGCAUCCUUUACUGACGCGCCUGCAGCUGAGAACACGGCGUCGUGUCCGGACCAAAGGCAAUAUCACAUACAGGCGUUGCGGGUAUGGUUUGCGCGACCCAAACGAGGUCGGAUUCUCCACACAGAUAUCGGAGUGCGAUGACGUCAUUGUGUCGUGCGGAGGCGAGAAGGUGCUGUUUAUCAUCAUGACAGGCGGCCCUCUGAACGGCUGGCGGCACGAGCAGGCCCUGCUGAAGCGGCUGGUGGCUGACGGACUAGUUCACGGCUUUGUGACGGACGGCUCGACCUGGGUGGUCGUCGACAUCGAAUAUCACGACGAGGAGAAGCGGCUGUAUUUCGAGGGCGAUAAGCUGUUGUUUCUGUCGGCCGACCCGCAGCUUGUGAUGGACCAUAUUCUGGAUGUGAUAGAGAAACAGAGGAGGGGCGAUGAGUACUGGAAUGUGAACACUGACCCUGGAAAGACCCCAUCGGGAGAGCCUUGUUUGGUUGACACGAGUAAUGUCGAGAGACUGUCCAAGCUAAUAAUGGAGAGUACGACAUAGUGAUUUUCUGUAUUGGACUUUUUCUGUAUGUGUGUAUGCCGAGUAAGUUUGUGUUUCUCCAUGUCACUCACUCCCUGUGUGAUCGUUGGAUGUAUGAGAUCAUGUGUGUGUGCCGUGUGUCUGUCUGUGUGGGAUCCGACGCGUACAUCCGCUGUGCUGUGUCCGUCUGUCUGUUGUGUGUGGCGUGUGUGUUGAUGGCACAUCAAGAGAUUGCGAGUCUGGUUUUUAAGUUUGUUGCCUGUGAUGGAUGGUGAUUGAUGAAUGCCAUUUACACACACGACAUGCGGUGCAGAGAGGGGAAGGACGGACCGGACCGACGGACGGACGGAUACGUGUGUAUGUAUCAUGCUUGAAUAAAUAC